AUGAGUGACACAAACUACUGGGUGGUGGACUAUGAGCUCUCCUCUCCUGCUCCACCCGGUUUCCCCAGAGGUCCGACAGUGCUGCAGCCCAUGGCGGGGCAUCCGGAGCAGGGAACAGCCCUGUGCUUUGUCGGCCUCCUUGUGCUGCUGCUGCUCUUUCUCGUUGUUCGCUGUGUCCGGAUUUUGUUGGACCCCUACAGCAGCAUGCCAGCAUCAUCGUGGACGGACCACAAGGAGGGGCUGGACAGAGGACAAUUUGAUUAUGCUCUGGUGUGA